UGAAGAGAAUAUGAUGUAACGGACAUUACAGGAAAAUAAACCCGGAAGAUGGCAGUAGUGCAACGUUAAUGGCUGCAAGCUGCCGUUAAAGAAAAAGAAGAAGCGACUGCAAGCGGCAACGCUCGCUGCAGCCGAUGUCGAAUACACUUUAUGAGUCUGUCUGCCAGAAUAUUACACACACCGAGACGAAUGGCUAACUCCAGCAAGACCGAAAAGUUCCAGCUGCAUGUUCCGAAUCUCGAGGAAUUAUGUCAGGUGCUGGAAUCAGGACUGAAUAAGAAUUUUUCUGAUGUAAAAGUGUCUGUUACUGACUGUCCAGAUCUUACAAACGAGCCUUUCAGGUUUCCUGUCAAGGGUAUUUGUGGCAAACCACGUAUUACUGAUGUGGGAGGUGUACCCUAUCUGAUUCCUCUGGUCCGACUGGAUAAGGUUUACAACAUGAACCUUGUGUCCAAGGAGGUUGAGCUGCCUGGUGCAUUUAUUCUUGGUGCUGGUGCUGUCUCCUCUAAGACAGUUGGGAUAAAUGGAGAGUUAAUGCCUUUGGUGGUGACUGAAGCUGAGGGGAGACCUGCGGUGAAUGGCAGUUAUUUUUCCACCAUCAAUCCAGUGAAUGGAAAAUGUGUACAGGAAAAAUACAGUGACAGGUUUCAUGACUGUGACUUUGGCCUCCUCGCAAACCUUUAUGCAUGUGAAGGCAAACCUGGAAAGGUCAUUGAGGUGAGAGCCUGCAGAAGGACUGGAGAGGACAGUCUUGUGAGCUGCAUGAGAAAGACCAUGGAACAACAUUAUAGGGAGAAGAGCGUGGCCCUGGGGGGAACUUUCGUCAUACAAAAGGGGAAGGCAAAGAUCCAUAUCAUGGUGCAGAUGGAGGCUAGCGUAGGAGACAGAUGGCAGAGACACCUUGAGGUGCAGAUGGAGGCUGGCGUAGGAGACGGAUGGCAGAGACACUCACACACACAGGCAGGUAGGAACACGAGGAGUACUGGAGACAAAGGAGACGAUGGAGACGAAUGAAGCAGGUAAGUAUAGUGUCUGGAGUCCUUGAGGUAAGCAUACAUUGAGUUGUAGUGCAAACGAGACCGGACAGUGAGUGUGUGUGAGUGUGGGGUUUAUAUGCAGGCGGUCAUGAUGGUGUUGAUGACCUUCAGGUGGCGGUGAUUAGUAGGCUGGUGAUUGAGUGCGUGGGUAAGGGAGUGAGGUGGAACCUGACGUGUCUGUGACAGUCAUUGAAAAAGCAUUAAUUUAAUUUACAGAUAAAGCAAUCACAUUAGUAACCUUCCACACACCACAAUGUGCCAAAUGCCCAAAACCUUAGGCCCAAAAUGAAAAUAGUCUAAAACAAACUUGCCCUCAAAUAGAAUAGAUUUCAUCUCAUAUUUAUUAACAUUACAAAACAGAAUAUUAAUAGCCUAAUAGAGAUUGAACAGGCUACUCCAACCCAGGUAACAACCAAUGUAGCGCGCGCACACACACACACACACACACACCGGAUAAUCCAUGUUAGAUCGAUAGAUACUUACCUCGGGAUAAUUAGAGUAUCUAUCUAUCUAUCUAUCAAUCAUUAUCUGAUGUGUGUGUGUGUGUCCCGCACUGUCCCAUGAACUGUGAGCCCAGGUACCUCGACUUAACAAUUCCAUUGUUCCAGAAACGAAUGUGGAUGUCAAGCUGCUUGGUCCUGGUGGCUUUCAUUGAACAUUACGACAUACGGCCCGGUAAGAGUACGAAUCAGUUCCCCCUUUAUAAACUCCCCCAAUCCAAAUCUCACCACAUAAGUGAUCUUGUUGGGCCUGCAGUACGUCUUCGCGAAUACUGAAUCAGGGAACAUGACUUGGAAGAGAUCGCUAAUCUCACUGUUGCUAUUAAAUGAGUGCCGUUUAGUCACCGUGUGUAGUAUCCAAAGCACCUCGGCUUUCGAUGUGUCAGUCGAUCCGAAAGUUCCCUGAAGGUUGUUCGACGGAGCUGCGAUGAUAUUGCGCUGGAGACCGGAGGGACCAGGCAUUGAGGAGGACGACGGCAGUGGUGAGGCUAAUUGGCCGAGUCCGCUGAAGACAUUUUGCGGCUAGCUUGUGUUUCUCCGCUCUGGCGUGUGACUCCAGCGCCUUCACACCCAGAAUACCUGAUUGAUUUUUUAUUUUUUUUGCAAAGUUUGCAGUGAGCCUCGUACAUGGAGCUGGGUACCGCUUGUAACAAACAGCAGAAAUCGCUGUGAUUAGCCAUGUCUCGUUGAAAGUAACUCCGUUAGAAAUCGCCUCCGUUGAAAGACGCAGAGGCAAACGUAUUUCGCGGGCAGGUAUUGCAUUUAUCACAGGAUUUGUAGUUUUAUCAGUGCGUAUACCAACACCAAUAUACCCCAGAAAGAACUACGACUUGCCACUUUUUUGCUACUUUGUAAUAACUUUCAGCAGGUAACAUUUCUGGAAAUGGGUAAAAAAAAAUUUUUACACGUGACAAAAUGAAAUUUAAGACCUCGGAUGAAAAUCUGGCCGUUUUUAAGACUUUUUAAGGCCUUAAAUUUAAAGUUCCGAAUUUUAGACUUUUU